AUGAAUGAGAUCAACAAGAAUGCCCACCUCUUACCCAACACAACACUGUCUUCCAUCUUCGCUAACAAUGCUGACAAUGAAAUAGGAUCCUGUACUGGGACUAUGUACCUCCUUUUCAAAAGAUGGAGCAGCCCCCUUAACUACAUCUGUGUCAAGGCAUACAGGCUAAUGGCCAUCAUUGGUGGGCUUGCGUCUCUUAACUCCAAGGAAAUGCCCCACAUCUUAAAUAUCUACAAGAUGCCACAGCUCUCUUAUGGCUCCUUUGACCCUGCACUGAGCGAUAAAACACAGUUCCCUUCUGUCUAUCGAAUGAUGCCAAAUGAAAUUCCUCAGUAUGCUGGGAUUGUUCACUUGCUUCAGUAUUUUGGAUGGACCUGGAUUGGCCUUAUUGUUUCAGAUGAUGACAGUGGAGAAUCGCUGUUGAGGACUCUGACUCCUCAACUGCUGCUGAACAAUAUUUGUAUUGCUUAUAAGGAAAUUAUUUCAACACGGAAGAUGCUCUGGGGCGGAAGAAUGCAAAUGCUGGAAAUGGUGGAAAGAAUAGGCAAUAUUCUAGAAACAAUGGACGCCAAUGUGAUUGUUGUUCAUGGGGGUUCACGAUCUAUGGCGUUCUUACGAAUGACACUCUAUUCACAUGAAAAAGUUGAAAUGAAACCAAAAGAGAAGGUUUGGAUUAUAAUGGCACAGUGGGAUUUUGUAUCUGUGUAUCCCAGAGAGAUAUUCCCACUAAAAUCCUUCAAUGGCACCUUAUCCUUUUCACUCCAUGCUAAUGAUGUGCCAGAAUAUGAAGAUUUUGUUGAGACUUUAAAUCCUAAUGAAUCCACACUUUAUUACAUAUAUUGGUUCUGGGCCUAUGCAUUUCGGUGCUCCUUCCCCAUAUUUAAACUUUAUGCACACACUGCAAACUGUACAGGAAAGGAGAGGUUGAGGAGUCUCCCUGGAGCUGUGUUUGAAAUGGGGAUGUCUGGUCAGAGCUACAGUAUCUACAAUGCGGUUUAUGCUGUAGCACAUGCUCUCCAUGCCAUGUUUUCUUCAAGAGCUAAGAAGAAGGCAAAGGGAGUUGGUGCCACAUGGAACCUUUUGAAUAUUUAUCCAUGGCAGCUUCACUUCUUUCUAAAACACAUCCGUUUUAACAAUAAUGCUGGGGAAGAAAUAUUUUUUGAUGCAAAUGGAGAAUUGGCAACUGGAUAUGAUGUCAUUAACACCAUCACAUUCCCCAAUGAGUCCAUCCAUAAAGUCCGUGUGGGAAGGCUGAACCCACAGGCUACUGAAGGAAAACAAUUUACCAUCAAUGGAAGUGCUGUUGUGUGGCAUCACAAGUUUAAGCAGAUCCAACCCCAAUCCAGAUGUGUUGAAAGUUGCCGUCUUGGACACAGCAAGAUCGUGAGACAGGGAGAACAGAUUUGUUGUUAUGAUUGUGCUCAGUGCUCAGAAGGAAUGGUUUCAAACCUGGAGGAUGCAGACCACUGCAACAAGUGCCCUGAGGACCAGCAUCCAAACAAGAACCACGACCACUGCAUUCCUAAGCAUAUUGUCUAUUUGGCUUAUGGAGAAUCCUUGGGAAUAAUUCUGGCUUCAUUUGCUCUGUUCCUUUCUCUGAUCACACUAGUGGUGAUGUGGAUCUUCAUUCAAAACCAGGAGACUCCCAUCGUCAAGGCCAACAACUGGAACAUCACCUGCACCCUCCUCAUUUCCCUCUUGCUUUGCUUUCUCUGCUCCUUCCUAUUCAUUGGGCAGCCUGGGAAGGUGGCCUGCCUUCUCCGUCAAACAGUGUUUGGGAUUGUCUUCUCCCUGGCAGUUUCUUGUGUGCUGGCAAAAACCAUCACUGUGGUUCUGGCCUUCAUGGCCACCAAACCAGGAAACAGGAUGAGGAAAUGGGUGGGGAAGAGAAUGGCAGUGUCAGUCAUCAUCCUCUUUACUCUUAUUCAACUUGGCAUCUGUGCACUGUGGUUGGCUACCUCUCCUCCCUUCCCAGAGUUUGACAUGCAUUCACAGACUACCCAAAUCAUUGUGCAGUGCAAUGAAGGAUCAGCCACCAUGUUUUAUACUGUCCUGGGCUACAUGGGUCUUCUGGCCAUCAUCAGCUUCACUGUGGCUUACUUGGCCAGGAAGUUGCCUGAUACUUUCAAUGAAGCCAAGCUGAUUACCUUCAGCAUGCUGGUCUUCUGCAGUGUUUGGCUGUCCUUUGUCCCCACCUACUUGAGCACCAAAGGAAAAUAUAUGGUGGCUGUGGAGAUCUUCUCUAUCUUGACUUCUAGCUCUGGGUUGCUGGGUUGCAUCUUCUUCCCCAAAUUCUAUAUUAUUGUUCUGAGGCCUGAGCUGAACACCAGGGAUCAGCUUGUGAGGAAACAAUAUUAUGCUACCUGA